AUGGGAAGCGUCGUUUCUUAUCUGAGACAAUGGGUGUGGAACUCAAGGACUCACCUGCUUGCCAGUCUGAAUCCGAGGCUACCUAAACCUCCAUCUUAUCUGCCGAUUGCAAACCCAAAGGCUAUACUGCAGCAUCCAGAUGAAGGAAACUUUUUCAAGAAGAUUGUGCAAGCGGCCGAGGCUCCCAUCCAAGACUACGAUCCCGGUGUUCUCACACAAGAGCUCUUGAGCCUGGGCAUCUACCAAAGAGUCAACUCCCAAAGCGCCCACACUCCAGCAGGUACCGACUACGCGGGUGGCAACAUAGUUGAAGGAACAUACGCCGGGACUCAGGCAGCAAUCACUCAGAUCUACGCACGCAUUGAGCGGAGCUAUGGUUCCUACUUCGACGUGCUGGCGCUUGAACCGACACUGCCGCGAUACAUCGACCUCAAAGAGAAACGCGAUAUGUAUCAAUACUCACCAUACCCGCUCGACAAUGGCCAGCCUGCAACGUACCCACCCCAUCUCCAGACGAUUCCCCGUUCCGACCAAGAGCCACAAUGGAAGAUAUUCAAUGCCUUGGGACUAGCAGAGUCGGCAAUAAUUAUACAGAAGGUGGUACCAGAUACGUUCUUGGGAAAGACUGCAGACUGGAUCCUGGACAAGGUCAGAUCUGCUAUAGCUGGCGAUCCGCAAGCCGGGCCCACAAUUAAGGACGUCGAAGAAUACAACAUGUAUCAUCGCAAGUCCGGAACAGACAUUACUCGAGGAGAGAAUAUUGGCAUGCUGCCGGACUGGUUCAGUGACAGGCGGUUUGCUGAUCAGUCGUUCACUGGCGCGAAUCCAACAACCAUCACCCAAGCCUCUUCAUCCCUGAUCAAGGAGUUCACAAGUGCGGCGAAGGCCAAUGGGUAUCAAAAAUGGGCUGAGUUAAUACCAAGGAUCGACCCUUCCUCCUUGUUUGUUCAGGAUUGUAGCUAUUUUCGGGAGGCUAUGGGCGUGAAAUCAAGUGCCACGCUGUACGACAAGCAACCAGCGAGUAACGAUAACUGGGCGUGCGCGUCUGUUACGCUAUACAGACUACACGACGAUGGGAAGCUUCACCCUGUCGCCAUCACGGUCGACUACAAGAACACAAUGGCAGAGUCGGUUACUAUAUUCAACAGACGGAUGAGUCCAUCAGAUUCGACUGCAGGGGAAGCUACCGACUGGCCAUGGCGAUAUGCGAAGACAUGCGCACAAGUGUCUGACUGGAUCCGCCACGAGCUGACAAUCCACCUGACAAAUUCCCACUUCAUUGAAGAGUCACUAAUCGUAGCUACGAACCGGACUAUACCCAUGGACCACAUAAUCUUCAAGACCUUACAUCCCCAUUGGUAUAAGACGCUCUCGUUGAAUGCUGCAGCGCGAGACACGCUUGUGCCGCAGGUCAUUCGUGACAUUGUUGGCUUCAGCCCCGAGCAAGCAUCGUCAUUCAUCCGCAACGCCUUCGAGAACUUCAACUUCGUCGAGAACUAUGUUCCAGCGCAGCUCUCGACACGCGGGUUCCCAAAUACGGAAGCCGCACUCAACAACCCCAAAUACAAGAACUACGCGUACGCCAAGAACAUGACUCUUAUGUGGGCAGCGAUCAAGCAGUACGUGACCUCGAUCCUCUUGACAUACUACGACAAGCCCCGCGCCGACCAGAUGGUCGCGGACGACCCCUACAUCGAGCAAUGGUGCCAAGAAAUCCAAACGGCCGGUUGGAUCAAGACGUUCCCGACGAUCAAGACGUUCGACCAGUUGGUCGACGCCGUGACCAUGUGCAUCCACAUCGCGGCGCCGUUCCACUCGACCGUCAACUAUCUGCAGAACUUCUACCAGGCCUUCGUCAUCGCCAAGCCCAGCUGCCUUUGCGCGGCGUCACCCACGUCGCUGGCGCAGCUGCGCGCCUACACGGAGCGCGACCUGGUCGCCGCCCUGCCCAUCGACCGGCAGCGCGAGUGGCUGCUGGCCAGCCAGAUUCCCUGGCUGCUGAGUUUCCGCGUCGCGAGCGACCGCAGCCUGCUCAACUUUGCGCUGAGCCAGUGGAACGUGUACAAGAAGAAGACGGGGCCCGGCGAGGUGGAGAUCCGGGAUAUCUCGGAGAUGUUUUACCUCGAGCUUUGCCGCUUGGCAAAGGUCUUUUAUUACAACAGCAAGGGUAUGGACGAGGGCGCUAUUCCCUAUAUGGUCAUGGACCCUGGGUUUACGGCGGUUAGUAUUUUGAUCUAG